AUGUUGGUUGGAAGUCUCUUGCUCAGCGGGCUAUAUUUAGUUGCGGCUGAUUGGGAGUUGGCGUGUCAAACGUGGACGGAAACCUUAACGGGAUGCCAAGAAGACGCACAAUGGCUGGUCUCCUACAUGCCACCUAUAGAUGGUUCAUCUCUACAACAACAAGAAGCGGUUCCAAAGUGGUCGGAAAAAAUGUACGAAUGGAUUAGCAUCCUGGGAUCAUACGAUAUUUGCUUGUCGGACAACUUAUCGGACAUUAACGCGUUGAGAUCUUCGGUAGACUCUGCAGUGCGGGCUGAUCCCGUCUCUGCACAGACUCUGAUUGAGGCUACCUACGAGGCCUAUCUUAUUUGGGCUGAUCUCCUCUUUACGUCUGGUCAAGGAGAUCGACUGUUUAUUCCUCGAUACAGCGAAAAUUCAACGCUAUCGGAUGACCUGGCCGACGUUCAGACUGUGAUGAGGAACGCAUUCAAUGUGUGGUACGAUCACGGAACGUGUCGGGUUGUCAAUGUGUCCCAAUGUAGACUCGGGGCAGAUAACUCGAGUCUAACCACUGAUGAUCCGGACCUCAGUUUCUGUGGUGAUGAGGCAACGGAACGAGAUGAAGAAUGCGACGACGGUAACUACGUUAAUGGAGACGGCUGUUCUUCAACCUGCAAGAUCGAAACGUGUCCAGCCCCGACAGACAUCCCGACAGACAUCCCCACAGUCAUACCGACAAUCAUUCCAACAGCUACAAAAGGUGAUUCAGGGAGCGGACCGACUGUGCGUACCACUAGUACUAGUUCUCUAGGUUUUGGAUCAGACCUGCCCGGAGAACCAAUUACAACAGGGACUGAAAAAACAACCGCUCCAACACCACAUAUGUACACUUCUAAGGAAAUGCCCGACACACCAGAGCCCAGUACUGACGAAAUAAUAAGUGAUUUGCCGUCGGUUCGACGCAAACGAUCACUUUUCUGUUGUCCCGAUGACUGCGAUAAAGAGCAUUCCCUAAAACCAAAGACAAAACGCUUGACCAACUUUGCUGUACAACAGUGGAGAGCAGCUGAUCCAGACACUCUCAAAGACAUGUUUAACGGGCUGGCUCUAAUUACGAAAGCGAUGUCACUGCUGGGGAAAGCUACAGGAAAGCUAGGAAAACAACUAGUCAAAGUUCAAGUACAAAUGGCUAACGCCGCCAUAGCCGGGCUAGGAAAAAUUAACGAAAACCUUGCGAGAAAUCAGGGUGCAGCCAUUUGGGUUCGAAUCACAGGCGACUGUUGUGAAUCUGUAUCGUGCUGUAUAUUUUGGUCUCGACUAACUUGGGUUCCAAUACACAAUUGGUACAAAUGUCAACCAGCUGAUUUCCCUGGAUAUGAUAUCAACGACAAGAAAGCACUUGGAGCCAACAUUAUUGAUUGUAUUAAAGCAGCUCUAGCGGCAAAAUUCAAAUGUGACGAUCCAGGAGGAACGACCGAGCUUAUUGUUUAGAUUAAUUCGAAUUAGAUUGAUAUACAGUUGUCAGUUGUUGUAAACUUGAUGUCUAAAGCUGGAAGUCUGUCGUGUCAAGCAUCUGUUUAGCUAAUUCUGUUGUAGGAUUUCUAGUUGUUGCUCUAAAUGGUUUCUGUUUGACAGAUGUAGUAUACCGGCUUGCAUCGGUACUACACACAUAUGGUAACAUUAAUAGUAUGAUUUUCAAGUACAAAUUCAGUGUAU